AGGCGUGUUCUCGGUGCUUUACAUCCGCGAUCUCUCUGCUUCCUCUCGGAAACACCUUCAUCACUUACACUUCACUAACACUUAACGUUAAAGUUUGAUGAAGAUGAACGAGUCGCUUCACGCGUUUGACUUCGAGCGUCACUUUGACGAUCUCGCCGCGCGGGAAUGGUUCGAACAGAACUGGGGAGCGUCGUUGGUUCUGUCCGGUGUGUAUGUGCUGGUUAUAUUUCUUGGACGUGUCUACAUGAAGGACCGAGAGAAGCUGGAUCUGAGGAAGCCUCUGGUGCUCUGGUCAUUGAGUCUGGCCACGUUCAGUGUGAUGGGGGCGAUGCGGACGGGCUGGUACAUGUUCAGUGUGCUGAGGUCACGUGGGCUCCGGGUGUCUGUGUGUGACACUGGCUUCUUCAGCGCCCCUGUCAGCAAGUUCUGGGCGUUCGUCUUCACUCUGAGUAAAGCGCCGGAGCUCGGGGACACGGUGUUCAUCGUCCUGCGUAAGCAGCGUCUGAUCUUCCUGCACUGGUAUCAUCACAUCACCGUCCUGCUCUACACCUGGUACACGUAUAAAGACCGUGUGGCCGGCGGCGGCUGGUUCAUGACCAUGAACUACAUCGUCCAUGCGUUCAUGUACAGCUACUACACGGCUAAAGCAGCCGGCGCUCGAGUGCCUCGACUCUGUGCCAUGAUGGUCACGCUCAUGCAGAUCACACAGAUGUUCAUAGGGCUCACCAUCGUAGGGCUCCUCUACCUCUGGAAUCAUGACACCCUCUGCUUCUCCACCAAGAGCAACAUCAUCUGCGCCUCUCUGAUGUACCUCAGCUACCUGCUGCUCUUCUCCGUCUUCUUCUAUCAGUCCUACUUCAGACGCUCUGGAGAGCAGAAGAGCGUGAAGCGAGAGUGAGAGGAGCUCUUCACUGUCCCGUCCCUUUAAACUCACGCAAAACCAUCCAUGAAGGGAAUUGAAAACACUAGUUUACAUGCUCAGAGAUUAAAACUAGAUUAAAGAAGACUAGUUUUAGGACCAUUAAAAAAAAUUAUAUAUAUUUUAAAAAUAUGUAUAUAUGAAGAGUUCAGAACCAAAAACGUGGAGGUUUAAUAUGCUUAAUUGUCAUAAAAAAAAUGUCACGAAGCAUUAUAUAUUGAAAUAUAUGACAGUUAAGCAUGUUAAAAACCCAUAAUUCUUAUUAUUUUAGUGAAAGCAGGUUUAAGUUAAAGUUGUUGAUUUUAUUUUAUGAAACUAUUAAAUUCCAGUUGUGAUUUUUUUUUUUUUUUUUUUUUUUUUUGUAAGCUGUUCAUAACAUGUCACAAUGAAAAAAAAAGGUUAAAAAGGCUUUAUUCAUGCAAAAUGUUUUUUUUUUUUUUUUAAUGUUUGUGAAAUGUGACUUUGAUCAAAUGUUCUGAGAUUGGUUCGCCGACAGAAGUGCUCUUUUCUAAGUUCAGGAGUUAAACGUGUGUUAAUGUUAAUGUUUACAGGCCUUGUGUGUAAAGCAUUGAUUUCCUCCCAGAGGAACAGAGCCUCACGUGCUCCUCUGGAACAAUGAAACCAUUGAUCGUCUAAUCUGGACACAAACAUGAGUGAUCAAAACCCUUCAAAACAACUACAAAAUCCCUAAAAGUUGAUCUGCAGCUGUUCACAACUACAUUUACCAUAAAAUGUCCAAAUGUAAUAUGCACAGAAUCUGAUUGUUAACGCAGACACGUGAGAAAGAAUGUAAAAGGGUCAGCACUUGCAGGUGUUUUCAGGAUAAAUUACUGUAAACCGACGCUGUGUGUGACACACAGGAGAUUUAGUGUGUUAUAUUCCAGCUCUUCUGUGAGUAUCUAGUGGUUCUAGGACUGUGUAACUCUAUAAACGAGUUUAUCUGGAGAUCAGAUUGUGUUUGUGGUUGUCGAAGCCUGUCGGACGGUGUAAAGUCGUCUUUCUGGUUAGCCAGCAUCCAGCAUUUGCAUUGAUCUGGUUGAUCGUCACAACACCUGCUCAGGUCUCAGAUUCAUUCUGUUCUUCUAGAUCUCACCAAACAUCACACUCUACAUCAACAAUUAACCACAUCUUUUAUUCAUUUUGAAAUAUGAGAAUGUUUGCAAAGUCCUGAUCUUCUGGUUACAUGAGAAACUUUCUGAAGCAUGUGUUUAUUAAUAAUAAACACCUAAUAAACUGA